AUGGAUCUUGAUAUCCUUAUUCAUGAAGUAUCAACACAUAGAAAGAAAUCAAACUUUUAUGAUGUAUCCACUGUUGGAAGGGUAUUCAUCCUAUUAGUUUUAUUGGAAUUUAUUGGUACCUUGGUUUUAUUUGGUCUAUCCUACACAACUUGGUCAAAUUAUUUUCUACUUUAUAUUUAUAUAUUUUUAAUCUUAAUUUAUUUCUCUAUUCAAUCUGUAAGAAAAAAGAAAAAGAAAAAGAAAAAGAAACAAAAAGUAUUAAAUGAAAACAAAUAUUUAUUAAUUAAUUUUAUUAUUGUUCAAUCAAUAGUAUCGGCAGUAGAAAUCUAUCACUUUUUUGCAAUUCAACAAGAUCGAGAUUUAUUCCAUUAUAUAAGAGUUGGUGCCAUCAUUUCAUUCAUACCUCUGAAUUAUAUUUUGGCAUGGUUUACAAACUCUCAUUUUGGUUGGAGAAUUUUUAGAAAGGUUGGCACUAGUAUCGAAUUGAGAAGAUGGUACAAAUCAUAUCAAGUCUUUCUAUCUUCCAUCAAAUUGGAUUUAUUCCUUACCGGUCUUUUUUAUUUAGCUUUAUCAUUUUUUUAUUUUAUUUAUUCUUUUGAUUAUUAUUUAAAUUUAUUAUCAUUUUUAAUUUCAUUAAUAUGGAGUAUUGGAGGGGUUAUAUCAAUUAGAGAAGAAAAUAGAGAAUUGUUUAUAUGUUUUAUGGUACUUUCUAUUUGUAUUCCUGGGUAUGCUGCUUGGAAAUUAUUUACAAUCGUCGAGUUGAUUUUAAAUAAUGUCGAAACCUUUCAAAUGGCCAUCCCAAUCGCACUGUUUUGUAUCUUGAUGAUGUUGGGAAGAUUGAUUUUAAUUAAAAGCUCGUUCACUUGUAGAUUCAAUUUUAGCAAAGGUUUAAAAGUUGUAUUUGAUAAAGAACAAAAACAACAACAAUCUCUAUACAAUAUUUAA